AUGGAGGACUUCAGGCCUAGGGCCUAUGGAGAUGGGCGGAUAGAGAUGGAGGUGUACGGGAGCAGGCCCGAGCGUUCAGUCUCCGGAACUCACGAUCUCGGAUGCUACAGCGCAUCCUAUGCUUCCUCCCAGAGCCACAGCCAAGUUCCUAGGGAGACGAAUCUGAAGGAGGGGAGCGGCAGCUCUGGUUCCUCUUCUUUCAGGAGCGGUUGGAGCCUCGGCGACCCUGAGCUGCAGAGGAAGAAGAGAGUGGCAGGAUAUAAGGCCUAUGCUAUGCAGGGAAAGAUGAAGGGAAGCUUAAGGAAAAGCUUCAGGUGGCUCAAAGACAGAAUUGGGUGGUGGUGA